UGAGGGUAUCAGAGCAGCCAGGUUGUGCUAUAAAAACCAGGACAGGCAGGCACAGAGCAUAAACCAUUGGAAUAUACCUCAAUAUUUUUCAGCGUAGUUGGAGAAAAUUAAAUGGGAGUUUUUGACAUUAAAAGAACUCUCCAGAUGCAUGGAAAGACACAAGAGGACACGGAUCAGAUUAGAGAAAUUUCCUGAAGCACACUCAUUCACUGAAGAUCAGAAGACAAGACAAUGUGGUGGACCAUCUAGACCUGCUGGAACACGCUGUCUUAAGCACAGGAGGGGAAGAAGUGACCUCUGUCUAGGCUCACUGCAUUUAUUUCACUAAUGUUUCUCAACUCUCUCCUCGUGGUCACCACCGACCUGGCGGCUAGGCUGCUGGGCAAUGCACUAUUUCGACGGCAUUUUCAUUUGCUGCUAUCAGCAAUGGUCCUGUUCGGACCCCUCCUGAACUUGGGGGUGUCCCAGUAUAGUGUUUUUGCAAGGAGGAGCCAUUUUCUGUACAGGCUGUUUCUGCGCUCGGGCUGGGGUUGGACCUGCGUCUGCGCGGGCUCCUUCGUCUUCCUCCUGUCCUACUCCGUGCGCCGCUCCCUUCCGCUGGCUGUGCGCCACCUGUCGCGGCUCGCGGUGGCGGGAGCCAUGUGGCUGGCCUUCCGCGAGGGCCUGAGCGUGCUGGAGAACGCCACGGGCAGCUGCUACGAGCCCCUCAGCGGCCCCCCGGAGCUCUGGCCGGGCUCGAGCGCAGCAGCUCAGCCUCUACUGCUCUUACGGGAAGGAGAGACGAAGGCGGUGUGCGUCAGCGCGGGCAUGCAGUGGCGGGGCUACGAGGUCUCCGAGGACACGUUCCUGCUCUGUCUGUGCUGUCUGCUGCUGGCUGAGGAGACGGCCGUGUUUGGGCCCUAUCUGACACUAGGGGGCGCCUCAGGGGGCCCCCUGCGCAUUCUCUUCCUCUUCUGUGUCCUGCUGCUGAGUCUCUGGUUGUUUCUGCUUUUCUGUCUACUUGCUUAUUUCCCACAGUUCCCAACCCAGCUGCUAGGGGGCGCUCUAGGCUGCCUUAGCUGGAGGGCAACCUACCAUGGUUGGUACCAGUGUGGACCAAGCUGGUACUGCCCCGGAAGGCCUGGAGUUGGACUACUCACAACAUAGGGCGCAAGAAGAGUUUUCAACAGCGAUGGGAAUUUUGGCAAAAUUGCUCAGUUGUAACAAAACUGGAAUAAGAAAAAUAUUUGAUUUGUUUAGUAUCAAACUACCUCUGAAAUAUUUCUGAACUUUGAUUUAAAAAUUGAAUCUGACCUUUUAGUGCAGCCAAUUAAAUGAUCUCUGAGAGGGCUUAAAAGGGGGGCCAAAAUAAUGUAUAACAUUAUGACACAGACACACACACACAGUAUCUAGUGUUAUUCAUUGGCAUUUUUUUCUCUCUCUCUCUCUCUCUCUCUCUCUCUCUCUCUCUCACUGCAAAUGUUUUAGGCACCAAAUAAAUUAUAAUCUAUUCAUGGACAGUGUUUAAAAGUGUUUAUUCACAUAUAAAACAUUAUGCAGAAGAAUGAAUCCACAUAAGAGAAAGGGCCAGUAGUUUUAGUACUGGAAACUACACAUGCUUUAUCAUGCUGGCCCUUUAUUGCCAUCUAUCAGUAUAAAACAAACACAGUUAAACAGGCAUCUACCCACUGAAUGGACAGCACAGGGGAUCUAGUUCUGUGCAGGGAAAAAGCUUGAAAGAUUUUUUUCAUAAGCAAAUUAUAUAUUUCGAUGAUAAAUAGGUCAAUGCAAAUUUCACUUGUUUACAAUUACAGAAAUCCUACUGUUCUCAUGGCAUGUGCUGAUAUGAACAAGGUAAAAGUGUGUUUUAAGGGCUGUCGAUAUACAACUUAAACCCUGUUAACUCUGGCACAGAUUACUCCCCGAAGCUCCGGCCAGCGGAUUAGCCGACUCCUUAGUUUCAUGCAAGGGUUGCCUUGCCUUUUAUAGUAGAUAACUUUUGGAUACAACACCUUGGAAACAACUAUAACUAAACUUUCACAAAGGAAUGUGGCCGAUAUGAACCCUUUGGUGUAAUAGAGAAUACUAAUAGAAUAAUAAGAGAAUGAUGACAAAUGCAUAAUGUGCAAUUUGUGUUGUGCUAAUGUGUUACUUGCCUGUUUUACUGUUAAACAGUGAUAAGUGUGUCAAAACAUUAAAUAAAACAUGAGACGUGAACUUCUGCUUUGUUAGUCCACCAGUCAUCACUGUAUUAGACCUGUUUUUAAAAGAACGUUUCAGUUUCGGUGAGAUGUGAGGACAGGAUCCAGGAAUGACGCUGGCUGACUGUCUGGCGUCUGGUGCAUCUCACACCCUUUCACACAGACAA